AACCAGGAAGUACACACUCCACAGCGAUUACUUUUUUUGGAAACUUUUACGAUCGUAAACCUUCAAAAAUACUGUUAUGUGUCGUUUCAUCUAAAGAGGUGGAAGAUUUAUAUGAGGGGAGUUUUCCUUCAUUGAAGUAGACAUUUAUUUACUUCCGAUGGUUUAGACAGGAAUAUCUGCUUCGUUUGUUUACAUGGGGAACAAAAACCGAGUAGCUAACAUUAGCCACCUAGCUUCAUUAAAUCGAGUCAUAUGAGCUCGUAAUUUUCCAGCGGCUACUUCCCCAGGGAUGUAACUUGGCGUUAGAGAAGGAGACAACGCGGCCGUCCACUGGACACGGUCUGUCCCGGGUCAUUUAAACAAUGCGGAGCUAACGUUAAAGGUCAUCUCUCGUGGUCACCGGAACCUGCGGCUAGUUCACGAUGCCUUGCUCCUGUGGGAACUGGAGACGAUGGAUCCGGCCGCUGGUCGUCGUGCUUUAUAUUUUGUUGCUGCUAGUCGUUCUGCCUCUGUGCAUAUGGGACAUGCAAAAGUCAGGGGUUGGCAUUCAUAAUAAAGCAUGGUUCAUCGCUGGGAUAUUUGUGUUCAUGACCAUGCCCAUAUCGUUAUGGGGCAUCCUGCAGCACCUGGUUCACUACACUCAGCCAGAGCUUCAGAAGCCCAUCAUCAGGAUAUUAUGGAUGGUCCCAAUCUACAGCUUGGACAGUUGGAUUGCGUUAAAAUACCCACGGAUAGCCAUUUACGUGGACACAUGCAGAGAGUGCUACGAGGCCUAUGUCAUCUACAACUUCAUGACCUUCUUGCUGAACUACCUGGAGAAUCAGUACCCCAGCUUGGUGUCGAUGCUGGAGUCCCAGGAGCAGCAGAGACAUCUGCCCCCUCUUUGCUGCUGCCCGCCCUGGCCCAUGGGAGAGGUUUUGCUGCUGAGAUGCAAACUGGGAGUGUUGCAGUACACCGUUGUUCGACCCGUCACAACAGUGAUCGCUCUGAUCUGUCAGCUUUGUGGAGUCUACGAUGAAGGCAAUUUCAGUUCAACAAAUGCAUGGACGUACCUGGUCAUCUUCAACAAUAUUUCACAGCUGUUUGCCAUGUACUGCCUGGUGCUGUUCUACAGGGCGCUGAGGGAGGAGCUGAGUCCGAUCAAGCCAGUGGGCAAAUUCCUGUGCGUCAAAAUGGUGGUGUUCGUCUCGUUCUGGCAAGCUGCGUUCAUUGCGCUGCUGGUGAAAGCGGGCGUUAUCUCGGAGGAGCGGACGUGGGAGUGGGAGAGUGUGGAGGCCGUGGCCACUGGCUUGCAGGAUUUCAUCAUCUGCGUGGAGAUGUUCCUGGCAGCCAUUGCUCAUCACUUCAGCUUCACCUACAAGCCUUACAUCCAGGAGGCCGAGGAGGGUUCCUGCUUCGACUCGUUCAUGGCGAUGUGGGACGUCUCUGAUGUCAGAGCGGACAUCUCCGAACAAGUCCGCAAUGUUGGGAGAACAGUUAUGGGUCGGCCAAGGAAGUCCUACUUCGGGGAGGAUCCGGGCGAUGGGGAGCGAUCUGGCCUGCUCUCUUCGGGCUCCCAGGACGUCGUCACCGAGGCGGUGUCCAACCCCGUGUCCCCCAACGGUCAAUACCAGGGCCUGGGCAGGACCCUCCCGCCGCACUCUGCGUCGGCGCCGGCCGGGCUCGGCUCGGCCCCGUGGGACGAGGGGUACGAGGCUGGACUGGAGGAGACCCCGGAGGAGGAGGAAAGGACCAGCCAAAGCGAAGAACCGACGGAAGCAGACCUCAUCGUGAUCACCUAGCGUACCGGUGGGGUACCCGGGUACAGCCUCGCCAGAUGGACCUCUCUGACAGCUCCAGGAAUGUUCAGUGGAGUGAUGGCACUCAAUGACUGAAAGAUGUUGCCGAUUCUGUUCCACUAGCGCGCUACGUGGCUCAGGAGGCUAUGAAGGAUGGUUUUUAAUUCAUUACAGUUGGGAAAGACUUAACGUCCCAAAAAGCACACUAAUUGUGUCCCUUGAGAUGAGACGCAUCCACCAGUGUGUCUUUUACAAAUCGGAAAUGAUUACACAUUUGUGUCGUCUCGGGUCAUAUCGUGAUCUCUGAUGAGACAGUUGAAUGAAAGCCAAAUGUGCAACUUUACAAACGCAAAGGAUUUCUUCACUAUAUCUUAAACUAAAGUGAUUUCAGAAGAACAUCAAUUGAAAUGAGCCAUUGUAAAAUUACGAUAUGAGCGCACAUUAGAUGUCUAGAAUAAUCUUUUUCUUUUUGUCUCAGGUGGGGGGGGCGGGAUGAAGAGAUGAAUUUAGGAACGCAAGGUUUAAAUUAAACUGUUUGAUCCGUAUGUUAGAGCUAAGCCUGCUGAAUGAGGUGUCUAUACAGUGUGACGUUGCUACAGAAUCAAUAUUGAUACGAUGUAAUUAAAAACAGAAUUCAGUCAGUUACAACCGGGCACAUUAAUAGAUUUCAAACAUCGCUUUAUUUAAGCGUUUCAUAAAAAUGCUUUAUGUGCCAUGGAAUUAGUCUGUCCACUACAUCCACUUAAAUGCUUUAAUCAGUAAUAUUUUGCUGAGGUUUAUCACCUUUAUUUUGAAGUUAUUGCAACGUCAUGUUCUUUUCUCCCUAGCUUUGUUUUUCAUUGUGAUUUACAUGGAUUUGUGCAGGUUUGACAUUUUUAUGUAAAGGGACAUCAGUUUCUGUUAAACAAAACAAUCAAAAGCAUAAUCUUUAUUGUCCAACUAGAAAAUGCCUUACGUGCUUUUAUUCUUUUAAUAAAACUGAUGUUACUACAUUAGAUGGUUCAACAAAUUAUUUUAACUCUGUUUCAAAGGUCUCAAUAAAUCUGAGUAACUACAUUAAA